UCUUGGUCAGUUUGGAUCUUUUUUUCCUCCUCCUCGAAGAAAAUAUCAAUAACUAUCGUAAUUUACCUACAGGAACACGAUAUACUUUUAAUUUACCAAAAUGUUUCUUUUUCAGGGACUUGCCAGGCUAAGUUAACGAGACUUUCAAAGAUAAAAAAGCUGAAAGUGUUUCUAUUUAGGCGUCCCAGGGGGAGCUAAUCAGCGUUAGCAUUUGGGCUAGCAUGACAACCAGUGGAACUGCCAUCGUCAGUAUGGUUCCUUUUCAUUUUCAUUGCAGCGGGCUUUUAGUAUGGACUUCAAAAGAAAGCAUAUUGCUUCCAAACAGAUGAUGAUGAUUAUGUCUUCUUUCUACAUCUGGAUCAUUCACAUCUCCAUAGGAAUCUUCAACCACUCCUGCAGAUCUUGCUUUGGAAAAUCUGCAUCUGUAAACAAGAAAAGGCCGAGGUAAAAUUAAAUGAUCUAAAUAUUCUACUUUUUAUUUCAUGGGAUAAAAAUUCAAAUUGAAUCACUGUUAUUGGGGGCAAGUUGGUUGCUCUGGCCUGCAGCCAGCUCCUAAUUUCAUUCCAGAAAGACUGUACCAUAUUACACAGAAAAAUGAUCUAAAGUUUGCCAAUUAUGAUCAUCUAUCUACUUAAGAAAAUCAUUAGGUGGGGUUGCCACAUUCUACACCACAACCUCCAUUUUCCUGCUAAUUGGCUUCAAAACUUAAUUGUUCUCGUGAGAACUUACCAAGAGUUAAAAUAAACCUUGCAAACAUAUUUUAGUGAGGGUUUUUUACUCCUCUCCCCUCCCUAUAUAACCAUAGUCUGUUUUUCCUUGUAAUCUUGCUACACUCACCUUUGUUUUAGUUAUGCUGACCCACAAUGCCCUGCGAUGUAGUCCGCCUCCUGCAUUUAGUUCACUUGAAGUGGACCCUGACCUGUGGAUUUAGGUGGACCAGGUCGCUUGUUUGAUCUGCACUGGAGUUCAACUACACAUUCACACCGGCACUGGACUUUCUAUGCAAGUGAGCUGGAGUUUGAUUCAACAGGGCUGGUGUGACUGCAUCCUAAGAAAAAGCACUUUUUUGAGUCCUUAGGAAACAGGUGGAGAACAUAAGGGGACACCGCCAAGGACUGUCUCUUUCAUGCUCAAACAGAUCGAAGGUAGCCUCCAUGCCAAAUAAAGCACGGAAAGAGACUUUUUUUUUUUUUUGUGACUAAAAGAAUAGAGGUUUUAAAGAAUCUGCAAUCUUUGAAGAAUAAUUCAAUUCAGGUUUAACCUUCCUCAGCAAAUAAAAAGCUAAUAAAAGAAAAAAAAAAGUACUUUCAAAUAUGGUUCAGGAGUUCAUUGUUUUUAUCUGCUGUGGGAAAGUAUGAUAAUGUUCUGCCAUCAGUGGAGAUUAAGAAAUAAUCAGAGUCCAGAAGGAACGGUAAAACCUGUACCAGGCCUGAGCAAAAGCUGCAGCCACAAAAGCAGAGUUAGAUUAACUCAAAUAAUCUACUAAUUGGAAAAAUAUUGCCUGAGUAGUUGACUACCACAAUAAUGUGUAGUUGCAGCCAGAUUAGAGAAAUGUCUGAAGGUUUACAAUAUAAACAAGUUAGGAGUGAUUUUCAUUCUGGUUCCAGACUAAUAGUUCUUUCAGCAGUACCAGUGCUCCUUAUUGAAUGGUUCAGGUGCUGCAACAUAAAUUGAAGAAUCAUUUCUGAUGCAAAGCCACAUGUUUGUGAUUAAAGAUAUAUUCUCUAAUAACAAAAAAUUACAAAUGAAAUGUUUUUGUUGCAGGUAAAGGAAUAGGAUGCAAACUGUAGAUAUUUUGUGUUUGAUUUUUUUGGAAUACAUACGUUGAAUCUUAUGUUAAACCAAUGUUCUUUGUUCCAUAUAGGUCAGGCUGCAUCCCAUUUGCUUGCAGGAUGAUAAGUCAUGUGAAUUUUGGCAUUUUACACUUAAAAUCAUAUUGCUGUUCCUGUGAAGUAGGGCUAAAAUUUCAUUAGAUCAGUUAGAUCAAGUUUUUCCUUUGUGAUUUUAAAUACCUUUUUUUUUUAAAGUUUGUGCUUAAGGUGGUAACUUUUAUUGCAAGUGUGCACUGAGAAAUCCAGGUACAUUAUUGGCUAAUUUUAUUACUUUAGAUAAGCUUAUUGCACUGGAACCGCUUACAUUUGUUAGUCAGAUGUGCUAUAUUUCCAUAUUUAAAGCCACUACAGAAAUAUUGGCCAUACAUUAAUAGUGAAGUUUUUUGUUUAUAGGUUUAAAAAAGGGACAGAAACCAACAAACCCUGGAAAUUUGAAUCUUGGAAAUGUCUCUUUACAUUUCUCCUAGAGUACCAUGAAUCGUAAAUUUCUUUUUUCCACUGGCAUUUUUCUUGUGAUCUUUCUGUGUCUUGUUGCAUUUGAACAAAAUCAUAUUAAUUACUUUUGGAGCAGUUGGACCUCAUUGCAGUGAAGAUGUGUUUCUCCACAUGGUGGCGAUAUUUGCUAAAUCGUUUGUAUCGGUUGGGUAACUCAUAGAUGCUGUCUAAUCGUCAUAAUGUAUAAACAAUAUAGUUAUUACAAGCUUGUUAUGAUGCCAGAUUUGUAUGUGUUUACAUUGAUUUUUAUCUACAGUAGAGACAGUUUUAAUCAAUGGUUCUUUUUAGUUUUUGCAAAAUAAUACUGUGGAGAUUUAUCCCGGUUUUGUUGUAUUUUAUUAUUUUUAAAUGAAACGCCAGCAGGACCCUGGUAUAUAACAGCAUUACAUCCCUAGUCUGGAAGCUGGAAGAUCCGAGCCCAUCAUCAGCAUCUAGCAUCAUUUCCCUCCCUCUUCCUCCUCCUCUUUCCCUCUCACCCCAAGCGUUUCGCGAGCGCGCACGCGUGCGAAGCUGCGUGGGAAUGGCUGGCUGUGUGACCGAGGGGGCUGGGCCGCUCGGAGCGAGCACUGAGCUGCAUGAGUUUGUAAUGUCCGCCAUGUUGGCCAUGGCGUAUUGAACCGGGCAGGAACAGCGGAGCGCAGGAGUGAGAGAGACCGACAGACAGCGACUGAGACCCGGGCCUGCCCGGCUCUGUUCGCGCUGCUAACCGGACCUGAAGUCUGCCCUCAGACCGACUCUAAAGAGACCGUGACAGAUUCCUCAAUGAGAACUCGAAGCAGACGUGCUGUUACUCCAGGCGGUUCCCAGAGAUUUAUGCUGCAUCUUUUAUUAUAAGAAAUGAGUAAACUGUCGUUUCGGGCGCGGGCGUUGGAUGCUUGUAAGCCUCUGCCCGUCUUCCACUGCGAGGAUUUGCCCGAUCUGCACGAAUAUGCCUCCAUCAACCGGGCGGUGCCGCAGAUGCCUACUGGAAUGGAAAAAGAGGAGGAAUCGGAGCACCAUCUCCAGCGAGCCAUCUCGGCACAGCAGGUCUACGGAGAGAAGCGGGACAGCAUGGUUAUCCCGGUCCCUGAGGCGGAGCGCAACAUCCCGCACUACGAGUUGCUCUACCCCGGGGACUUCAAAAUGCCAAAGCAGCUUAUUCACAUACAGCCUUUCAGUUUGGAUACGGAGCUGCCAGACUACGACCUGGACACGGAGGACGAGACGUUUGUGAAUAAGCUGAAGAAGAAAAUGGAAAUCACCCCACUGCAGUUUGAGGAAAUGAUUGAUCGGCUGGAGAAAGGCAGCGGACAGCAGCUCGUCAGCCUGCAGGAAGCCAAACUGCUGCUGAAGGAGGACGACGAUCUGAUCAAGGAGGUGUUUGAUUACUGGAGCCGCAAGAGGAAAACCUGCAAGGGCGGCUCGCUCAUCCCCACCGUCAAGCAGGAGAAGCGGGAUGGUUCGAGCACCAGCGACCCUUACGUGGCCUUCCGCCGACGGACGGAGAAGAUGCAAACCAGAAAGAAUCGAAAGAAUGACGAGGCAUCGUAUGAGAAGAUGCUGAAGCUACGCAGGGACCUGAGCCGCACCGUCACCAUCUUGGAGAUGAUCAAGAAAAGAGAGAAGGUCAAGAGGGAACUGCUGCACCUCACUCUGGAAGUAGUAGAGAAGAGGAAUGUGAUGCCUGACUUUGGCACCGAGGUGAUGGCUGAAGCUCAGCAGCGGGCUCUGGUGAAACCCGUUUACACCAUCCCCAUCAUUCCUCUGUCAAACAGCAACCAGUACAGACACCAGGACCACCACUUGGACAUGAAGGACUACAAGAAACCGGAGAAGACAGAGGCAGUACGAACCAAGAGGAAAUAUGAGAAGAAACCCAAAAUGGCUCCGAUGUUGGUGCCUCAACAUUCAGGGCCCUCUGUGUUCAAUCCUAAGGACCUCAACCAGUAUGAUUUCCCCAGCUCAGACGAAGAGCCAUUCUCACAGAUCCAUUCAGGUUCCUCUGAAGCAGAGGAGGAGAAUGACCCAGAUGGCUGCUACGCGUUCAGGAGAAAGGCUGGCUGUCAGUAUUACGCUUGUCGUCCAGACAAGACUGGCAACUGGCCCUGGGUAAGCCCGUCAGAGGGCGGGCUCGGUGACCCGCGCUACCGCUACUGUCUGACCUCACUCAACAUGCCAUGGCGAUGCAUCGGUUUGGCACGACGCCGCGUGGGCAGAGGGGGCAGGGCUUUGAUGGACAGAGCACACACAGAUCUGGCCAUCAUCCAGAGUAUGGACUCCGACCCGGAGCCUGAACCGCUCGCCUCAACACUUCUAAGCUCUCCGCUUCGCAGCUCCAACACCAGUACCUCAGAAACCAAUACCUCGGACCCCGAUGGCUCCUUCAGCUUUCCCCAGCCUUCGUCAUCGCCCCCCUCGUCAUCAACACCUUUGAACCUCAGCCGGAUCCUUUUGAACAUUAAAGCGUGCCGCUGGAGGCAUUUCAGACCACGGACGCUAUCCCAGCACCCUGCGGGGGGAGGAGAUAUUUCUCAUAGUGGAUUUAGGGAUUUUGGCCGAACUGUUUCGGGAUUAACUCGGACCCUGUCUGGAGGUUCAAUCUCCCAGAACCGCACCGGACCUACCACCACUCCUGUUAAUGCGUUCACUGCCGAGCAGUACCAGAAGCACCAGGAGCAGCUGGCUCUGAUGCAGAAACAGCAGCUGGAGCAGAGCCAACAGCAGCAGAAACGGCAACAACAUGUCAACAAUCCUACAACCACCACCACAAACACACAGACACUCGUAUCUAAAACGCUGGACCAGGCAAGCGCCCAGUUUGCCGCCUCGGCCCUCAUCACCACCGAUCAACUGCUCGGCUUCAAAUCCAAAGAGGAGUUGGUGCACGGAGUCAACGGGGUCCUGACAGGUGCUGGCGUUUACAAAAACCUGCACCUCAGCAGCGCCGCCUCCACCCUUCACACGACCAACCAGUCAACACACACUACCACGGUCGCAGCCCCCACCUUCCUGCAGCCCUCUAUUAACGCGCCCAUCCCAGCGCCUACCAACGUCGUCCCUGCCUCCAUCAACGCCACCCCAGGCACCCACACGGCCUCCACCGCAGCGGCUCUGGGGCUGCUGGGAUGCGGCGCUGCCGGGGCCGCCCCCACAACCACUCAGGUCCUCAUCGGGAACAACAUCUGUCUGAGCAUGCAGUCGGCCGCCAGCCUCGCCGGACGUCACAUCCCCCGGACCCUCGGCAACGUGCCGCCCUCUGCCUUAAAGCUGUCCACCAGUCUGCAGAUGCCCAAAGUCUCUGGAGCUUCGUCUAUGGACAUGAGCUCCAGGGACAAUCACGACGAAGACAAGCCAGCGCUGAACAGUAUAGCAGACAAAACGGUGGCCAUGGAGGUUACGUAGUAGCGGCGUGACGCGGCGCGGCGGCGGGUCCACUCUGUAGGUGCUGUGCAUCGUAGCAUCGGGGACAGCAGGACUCAAAACAGGCGGAACGGCCAUUCUCAUCUCUUUUUACACUUUUUUUUUUUUUUGUUAAUGAAAAUAUUAACUCAUGUAAACUAUAAAUAUGACAUAAAUUAGUAUCUGUACAGCAACUACAUAUUUGUAAUAUCCCCCUGUAUAUAUAUUACUUGAAUACAGAACUGUCCAUUUGUGAUGUUUUGCACUUGGGAGUCAAACUUUAAAGGAAAAAAGAAUAAGCCAAGUUGAGUUGUGGCGAGUGAGAGAUGUACAGAGAAGAGUUUUAUCACAUGUGCAUGGUGCGGAGCCUGCUGUUUUUAUCUAUUUAUUGUGCCGUGUUUACAAUUUUUUUUUUUUUUGUUUGUUUGCUUUCAGUUUAUUUUGUUUUUAUUUGUACACUGUACCUUCGUUGGUUCCUGUGCUGUAGUAUAUGUUUGAUAGCUACGGACUCCUGGGUAUUUUUGUAUUUUGUGAACACAAAGCAGGCCUACCCCACCCCCCACCCUCAUAUCAUUUAUUUUUUUAUUUCGUUUCUGUGUGGAUCACGUUAAAGUGAGCUGUGAUAUUGAUGCAGAUCAGGAGAUGGAGUUGAGGAGUUCAGCGCCUCUUCAGAUAAUGUCCCAAACACAAGUAACAAAACAGGGAUGAAGUCUCUUCCCAGAAGCCUCUGCUUCUGAUUUAAGCACUAUUGUUUUGUGAUUUUUUUUUUCUUGUUUUAUAUAAAUAUCAAUGCUGCUUUUGUAUUUUUUGGUUUUUAAAGGAGUCAUCCAUCAUUUUCAUGCAAGCGGGGUCUCCUUCACUUGUUUUAUCGGACUUUUUUUUUUACAAAACAAACAAAAAAAGCUAUUUUUGUAUUUUGUGUUUCUCCUUGUGGUUAAAUUGAUUGUAAGGUUUUUUUUUUUUUUUAAGACUUCAUUCUUUUGUUCAUUUGUUACUUGUUCAUGCAUAGGUGAAAAGGGAUUUGAACGGGCAGUAAUCGCUGUUUCGUCAUUUCAGUUAAUAUCGGAAAGAUAAAAAAUUCCCAAUGAGGGGUGCUGAGAGAAUUUCUUUUCUCACUUCCUCUUUUGUUUUUAUCUCUUCUUGGUAAAAAGAAUCUCCAGAUGGCUGCGAGGCCAAAAACCACAAGUAUUUGGUGCCUUCCUUUUUUGGGGAAAUGUAUGUUGUCUCUUCCAUGAAGAGUUAGAGGCACAAAGGCAGCAUUACUUAGUAGUGCUUCUUGUCUUUGUCAGAACCUGAAUGCCCAAUCCAAUGGCAAAAUAUAUCUUUGAGGUUUACUUGUCCCACCUGGAGGCUGAAAAGACUUUAAAAAAUGUGACAGAACUCUCACUAAAAUAAGAAAAUAAAGCCCAGGGCAUUAAAUGUGAA